AGGCGAAUUAUAAAACAAAAAUUAUAAAAAGGGUGGUUAAUAUAGAGUUCUCCCGAUAAGGGUUAUAAGUCCGCUGUACGCCGGUGCGAAGGGUUAUUUGCGUAUCAUAUCAAGGCUGAGCGGCGCGAGCGAACGAGCGAGAGAAAAAAGGGGAUAGUUUAGAGAUCGCCGUUGAGGGAGAACUGAGAAGAGUGGGAAAAAGAGAGAGAAAAUCGACGAUUAGGGUUUUCCAAAAUCCCUAAAAUUCGAAAGGCUACGAGUGUGAGAGGAGAGGAAAAGGAGAGAGAGAGGUGAGACUUCGAGAGCUGAGCGAGAAUUCGUGGAGGAGAGAGAGGACGAUUAUUUCAAAUUUUCAGGUUGUUUCUUCUGCUCCUUUCUGCUACUUUCCAGCGUUUCUAGGGUUUUCGGUUCGCCGUGUUUCGCCCCCUCGUCUCCAUGGAGAGAAAGCUUGUGGUUCUUGGUAUCCCUUGGGAUGUCGAUACCAAUGGGUUGAAGGAGUACAUGAUUAAAUUUGGUGAAUUGGAGGACUGCAUUGUUAUGAAGGAACGUAAUACUGGCAGAUCACGUGGUUUUGGCUACGUCACUUUCACUUCUGUUGAUGAUGCUAAGAAAGCAUUGUCAAGUGAGCAUCAGCUUGGCAACAGAGCGCUGGAAGUAAAAGUGGCAACACCAAAGGAAGAGAUGAUGAGAUCAUCAACAAAAAAGAUCACUCGGAUAUUUGUGGCUAGAAUAGCUCCAUCUGUUACCGAACCCAACUUCCGGAGCCAUUUUGAGAAAUACGGAGAGAUCACUGAUCUUUAUAUGCCUAAAGAUCCCACCACUAAAGGCCAUCGUGGAAUUGGGUUUAUUACAUUUGCUAGUUCAGAAUCUGUAGACAGUCUGAUGAACGAUACUCAUGAGUUGGGAGGUUCGAAUGUAGUUGUUGAUCGGGCAACGCCCAAGGAAGAUGAUUUCCGGCCAUUUAGCAGAGGUCCACAUGGUGGUCAUGGUGGUCAUGGUAGUCAUGGUAGUCAUGGUGGUCCGGGUGGUCCUAGUGGAUAUGGUGCAUACAAUGCCUAUAUAAGUGCUGCUACAAGAUAUGCAGCACUAGGUACUCCUACCUUGUAUGACCAUCCAGAUUCUCUGUAUGGAAGGGAACCAAUGAGGGGAAUUGGCAGAAAGAUUUUCGUUGGAAAGCUUCCCCAGGAAGCAACCGUGGAUGAUCUUCGCCAGUAUUUUGGUAGAUUUGGUCGCAUUUUGGAUGUUUAUAUCCCAAAGGAUCCCAAGAGAUCUGGGCACCGUGGUUUUGGUUUUGUGACUUUUUCUGAAGAUGGUGUUGCUGAUCGAGUGGCUAGACGGUCUCAUGAAAUUUUAGGACAGCCGGUUGCCAUAGAUUCAGCUACCCCAGUUGAUGAUGCUGGUCCCAGUGGAGGUCAAUUUAUGGACAAUCCGGAACCGUAUGGCAGCUAUGGUCCUAUGCGUAGUAGUUAUGGGAGAAUGUAUCCAACUCCAAGCCUAGAUUUUGAUGAUUGGGGGGGAGGUUAUGGCUUCAGCAGCUCAAGGCCUUCCAGAACAGAGUGGAGGUACCGACCGUACUAGAGUGGUGUCUCGAAUUAUCAUUUGUACUUGAUUGUUUUAUGGUAGCGGUUCGCACCAUUCGUCAAGCUAGUGCAUUUGGUUCGUGAGCUCUAUAUACUUUAUUAGGAACAUCUUGUUUGGAUGACAGUCGGGAAUUUGCAACUUAAUGAAGAUGUGAUAAAGAUCAGGAUUUGGAAGUUACCUUUUAUCAAAUGUUUAAGCCAUGUGGUUUUUAAAACUUGAAUGCAUAUAUGAAUGAAUUGUUGCAUAAUGCA